CCAUCUGGGCUCUCAAGGCCAGCAAGGAGGGAACGGGGAAGGACCCGCACCCGGGGUAGGCCUCCCAAGGCCCUUGGAGCUGGUGACUGUUGCCUGGUGACGGGCCUGCCGGCUGCGGGCCGGGACGGUGGACGCCCGUGUGUAGCCGAGCUGGGGGACUGGCGAGCUCCGGUGGGGGGGGAUCCGAGAGGCCCGAGUUCCCCGAAGAGGCCUUGAGGCGACGGGAGACCAGGGCCGGAGCCAUCUGUGGGAGGGAGAACCUUCUUUCAGGCCUUGGAGCUCGGGUUUCCGUGGUGGAGAUCUUGGUUCCCUUUUGGGAAAUUGGAUACUACUCCGCGACUGGGUGAGACCGCUCCAGUCAGUUCUGAGGUAACUACUCAAUAUUGCAGCCAUGGAGUCCAUGCUUAAUAAGUUAAAGAGUACUGUUACGAAAGUAACAGCUGAUGUCACUAGUGCUGUAAUGGGAAAUCCUGUCACUAGAGAAUUUGAUGUUGGUCGACACAUUGCCAGUGGUGGCAAUGGGCUAGCUUGGAAGAUUUUCAAUGGCACAAAAAAGUCAACAAAACAGGAAGUGGCUGUUUUUGUCUUUGAUAAAAAGCUGAUUGACAAAUAUCAAAAAUUUGAAAAGGAUCAAAUCAUCGAUUCUCUAAAACGAGGAGUCCAACAGUUAACUCGAUUACGACACCCUCGACUUCUUACUGUCCAGCAUCCUUUAGAAGAGUCCAGGGAUUGCUUGGCAUUUUGUACAGAACCAGUUUUUGCCAGUUUAGCCAAUGUUUUAGGUAACUGGGAAAAUCUACCUUCCCCUGUAUCUCCAGACAUUAAGGAUUAUAACCUUUAUGAUGUAGAAACCAAAUAUGGUUUGCUCCAGGUUUCUGAAGGAUUGUCAUUUUUGCAUAGCAGUGUGAAAAUGGUUCAUGGAAAUAUCACACCUGAAAAUAUAAUUUUGAAUAAAAGUGGAGCCUGGAAAAUAAUGGGGUUUGAUUUUUGUGUAUCAUCAUCCAAUCCUUCUGAACAAGAGCCUAAGUUUCCUUGUAAAGAAUGGGACCCAAAUCUACCAUCAUUGUGUCUUCCAAAUCCUGAAUAUUUGGCUCCUGAAUACAUACUUUCUGUGAGCUGUGAAACAGCCAGUGAUAUGUACUCUCUAGGAACUGUCAUGUAUGCUGUAUUUAACAAAGGGAAACCCAUAUUUGAAGUUAACAAGCAAGAUAUUUACAAGAGUUUUAGUAGGCAGUUGGAUCAGUUGAGUCGUUUAGGAUCUAGUUCACUUUCAAAUAUACCCGAGGAAGUCCGUGAACAUGUAAAACUACUGUUAAAUGUAACUCCGACUGUAAGACCAGAUGCAGAUCAAAUGACCAAGAUUCCCUUCUUUGAUGACGUUGGUGCAGUAACACUGCAGUAUUUUGAUACCUUAUUCCAAAGAGAUAAUCUUCAGAAGUCACAGUUUUUCAAAGGACUGCCAAAAGUUCUACCAAAACUGCCCAAGCGUGUCAUUGUGCAGAGAAUUUUGCCUUGUUUGACUUCAGAAUUUGUAAACCCUGAUAUGGUACCUUUUGUUUUGCCCAAUGUUCUACUGAUUGCUGAAGAAUGCACCAAAGAAGAAUAUGUCAAAUUAAUUCUACCUGAACUUGGCCCUGUUUUUAAACAGCAGGAGCCAAUCCAGGCUAGCAACAUGAUUUUGUUAAUUUUCCUACAAAAAAUGGAUUUGCUACUAACCAAAACUCCUCCUGAUGAGAUAAAGAACAGUGUCUUACCAAUGGUUUAUAGAGCACUAGAGGCUCCUUCCAUUCAGAUCCAGGAACUCUGUUUAAACAUCAUUCCAACCUUUGCAAAUCUUAUAGACUACCCAUCCAUGAAAAAUGCUUUGAUACCAAGAAUUAAAAAUGCAUGUCUACAGACAUCUUCCCUUGCUGUUCGUGUAAAUUCAUUAGUGUGCUUAGGAAAGAUUUUGGAAUACUUGGAUAAGUGGUUUGUUCUUGAUGAUAUCCUGCCCUUCUUACAACAGAUUCCAUCCAAGGAACCCGCAGUCCUCAUGGGAAUUUUAGGUAUUUAUAAAUGUACCUUUACACAUAAGAAGUUGGGAAUCACCAAAGAGCAGCUUGCUGGAAAAGUAUUGCCUCAUUUGAUUCCCCUGAGUAUUGAAAACAAUCUUAAUCUCAAUCAGUUCAAUUCUUUCAUUUCCGUCAUAAAAGAGAUGCUUAACAGAUUGGAGUCUGAACAUAAGACUAAACUGGAACAACUUCAAAUAAUGCAAGAACAGCAGAAAUCUUUGGAUAUAGGAAAUCAAAUGAAUGCUUCUGAGGAGACGAAAGUUACAAAUGUUGGAUCUCAGCAUAUUGACAAAGUCUUUAACAACAUUGGAGCAGACUUUCUUACUGGCGGUGAAUCAGAAAAUAAAGAGGAUGGGUUACAGAAUAAACAUAAAAGAGCAUCACUUACACUUGAAGAAAAACAAAAAUUAGCAAAAGAACAGGAGCAAGCACAGAAGUUGAAAAGCCAGCAGCCUCUUAAACCCCAAGUACACACACCUGUUGCUCCAGUCAAACAGACUAAGGACUUGACAGACACAUUGAUGGAUAACAUGUCAUCUUUGACCAGCCUUUCUGUUAGUACCCCUAAAAUUUCUGCUUCAAGUACCUUCACUUCUGUUCCUUCUAUGGGCCUUGGCAUGAUGUUUUCUACACCAAUUGAUAACACCAAGAGAAAUUUGACCAACGGCCUAAAUGCUAACAUGGGCUUUCAGACUUCAGGAUUCAACAUGCCGGUUAAUACAAACCAGAACUUAUUCAGUAGUCCAAGCACACCCGGAGUGACCAAGAUGACACUGGGAACACCUUCCACUUUGCCAAACUUCAGUGCUGUGAGUGUUCCUCCUGCUGGUGCGAAGCAGACCCAACAAAGACCCACAGAUAUGUCUGCUCUUAAUAAUCUCUUUGGCCCUCAGAAACCCAAAGUUAGCAUGAACCAGUUAUCACAACAGAAACCAAAUCAGUGGCUUAAUCAAUUUGUACCUCCGCAAGGGUCUCCAGGUAUGGGCAGUUCAGUAAUGGGAACACCAAUGAACAUGAUGGGACAGUCUGCCUUUGGUAUGCAGGCUAAUCCUUUCUUUAGCCCGCAGAACUUUGCACAGCCACCAACUACAAUGACCAAUAGCAGUUCAGCUACCAAUGAUUUAAAAGAUCUUUUUGGGUGAGGUGUCUUGCUCUGUUUUUGAAGGAUUACUUCAAUUUUAAUCAUGGGUAAGCGAAUUUACAUCUUUGUAUAGUUGGCUUGGAGGAACUACUUCUAUGGGAAAGUGAAUGGUUCCAUGACAGAAAACACCUUGUUUCCAUGCCAGCAUAGUAAUUGUAUGGACUCGUAACAGUUGAGUUUUUUAAAGCAUUGAGGAAUUUUUUCCUCUUACCACCUCCUCUUCCAAGUUUUUAAAAGACCCAACCCUUACCAAUCUCUAAGAGAAAAAAGACACCUGAGUAUCUUGAAUAGCAGAAUUUUUUAAUCAAAUGUUUGUUUAUUUUAGCUUGUAAAUCUUGGUUUAUUUAAGAAAUUUUGAGUUGAUGGUUAAUGCAAGUUUCAUAUGUUAAAUACUACAUGGUACACAGUCUGCCUUCACAAGUCAUUAGUCUUUAUUUUAAUGUGUGAAAAAUCCUGAUGCUCUAUUGAUUUGUUUGCAUUUAGUAUGACUGAAGGAGAUAAUGAUAAACAUAAUGAAAAGGAUCAGGUCACUUGCUUUUUCCAAUCUUAUUUACUUCACAGAUGAACUAAUGUUCAAUAAAAAGACUGAACAAAUACUACAAAAUUUAACUUAAUGUUGAUUUCAUUGGUUCAAACUAAAGGCAUUAUUAACCAUCUUAAAUGCAAACUAAUCAUUGUAAAUUAUAUUUUAGCAUGGUCUGCCUCAAAUACUAAUGUAUUUUUCUGCAUUUACUUGGAUAUAUUUAGAAUCACUUUCUUUCCUACUGUAUGACAGAUAGAAGAAUAUGUACUGAUUUGUACAGAUAUUUGACAAAGCCCUCUGAUGUGAUUUCCCUGACUCUUGCCUUCAUAUUUCAUUUUGAAUUCAAACUUCUGAGGUUGUAGCACAUAUGAAUUGCAUUUUCAAAAGGAUAUUUGUAAGAAACUAUAUUUAAUGAGUAAACUUUUGAGAUUUCUGCUGUAUCGUUUCAAAUGUAAUAAACUUUACUUCUCUAAAAAUGAGCGGUUGUAUCUUCUCGCUACCAACAGAUUAACUUUCAGUUUACCAUGAUAAAGUCUGACCUCAUCAAUUACUGCAACUAAAGUUUAAUUGUGUUCUAGAAAUUUUAGGAAACUUUUGUUUGAACAUUUUUAUGUCCACAAUUAGCUAUUGUUAGCAAACAAAAAAAAAUUCUUCUAAUAGGAAAUCUGCUUUAUUUUUAAAGUCUUUCUCUGAUAUUUUUCUUUGAUGUGCUGAUUAUUCAACCACAGAGCCUUAUGCUGUAAAUGUUAUUUGUAUUUUGUUUAAAUUAUAUUCCACCAUUAUGUGAUAACUUCAAAAUGAUCUUUCAGAGAACUAAAUAUGCAUUAUAGUUGCUGCCAUAGGGUUUGUGGUUUUUAAUUCUCUGAAACCAGCAAUCAUUUAAAAUAAAUCACAUGAAGUUUAGUGUGCU